GUCCCUCUUUUCCUUGGAUGUGCUUCUCGAGAUCUCACCAGUCCCGAUCGAGGCAUCACCAGUGUUGUGGAUUGUCAUCUUUCGGAGUCAACGUUGAUAUCUUACCGUAGUUUAUGAGGCCAUAGGAAUCGGUUGUUUACAGGAUGAGGGCCCAUUGGGGUUCUCUGUGGGCUCUGUUGGUCUGCAUUGUAUUAGCGAAAGCGCAGGACUAUACCGAAGGUUACGACGAAACUGCUUGUGAAUACGAUGGAGAGUACUAUGAAAACGGCGAAGAAUGGAGCCCUGAUGCGUGCACCUCGUGCAAAUGUGUCCUUGGAAACUCCAUCUGCGACACAGAGGAAUGCCCUCCUAUAGAGUGCAAGACCCAAAAGUACAUUCCCCUCGGAAAAUGCUGCCCCAUAUGCGUCGAGGAUGAAGAAACUACAGAACCGGAACAAACAGUACUACCGCAAGGGCCAGAUGAACCAUCUGAAGUACCACGAGAAGCUGUAGAAACUGGUUAUCCCAUUGUGCCUAUUCCAGGACCACGGGGUGAACCUGGAGAACCCGGAACUCCUGGAUACCCUGGCGAAAGAGGAGAACCUGGUGAAUCUGGUUCUCAUGGAGUUCCUGGAAGACCUGGUCCCCCUGGUCCACCUGGUGAUCUGAGUGCUUGGUUUCAAGGUCUGGCAACACAGCAAGGCAUUGGAGGAGAUAAAGGACCAUCUCCAGAUGCUUUCCAGUUCAUGCAAGCGCAAGUGGGGCCCGUUGGACCUCGAGGAUCACCUGGACCUCCUGGACCAUCAGGCCCUCAAGGAUUUCAAGGACCCCGCGGGGAAACUGGAGAACCAGGACCACCCGGUGCUCCUGGACAUGCUGGAGAAAGAGGACUUCCUGGAUUGCCUGGAAAAGAUGGUGAACCUGGUGAAGACGGUAGGCCUGGACCUCCUGGACCCCCUGGCCCUCCAGGACCUCGUGGUCUUCCCGGCAUGCCUGGUCUACCUGGUAUUAAAGGACACAGAGGCUUCCCAGGUUUAGAUGGAGCUAAAGGAGAACAAGGGCCUCAGGGUGAAAAGGGAAUGCAAGGACCUGCUGGUAAAAUGGGUGCAACUGGACCAUUGGGUCCGCCAGGACCCCGUGGAGAAAGAGGUCGUGAAGGACCAACAGGUCCUCCAGGUAUACGAGGAAUUGAUGGCUUACCCGGCCCACCUGGACCACCGGGACCUAUUGGUAGACCAGGGCCACCAGGAUUUCCAGGAUCACCGGGUGCUAAGGGCGAUGCUGGACCUUUUGGACCAAAAGGAAGUCAAGGAUUACAAGGACCUCGAGGGGAACCUGGAAAACCCGGCAUUCCUGGUGAACCAGGACCAAUGGGAUCUCCUGGAAAGGAUGGUGCCCCAGGAGAGAAAGGCUCAGCAGGAGAAUCUGGACUUGCUGGACCCCCUGGAUUUCCUGGAGCAAGAGGACCUCCUGGGCUUUCUGGAAGCCCCGGGUUACCUGGACCGAAAGGAUCUCCUGGCAUACCUGGAGAAACGGGCGUGAAAGGAGAAACGGGAAGAAAAGGAGAACAAGGUGGACCUGGACCUCGAGGUCUUCCAGGGACGCCGGGACAAGCUGGAAAAAGAGGCAAGGCAGGCUCGGCAGGAUCACCAGGUCCUCCUGGUCCGCCUGGGGAGCGCGGUAUUCCUGGAGCUCGAGGAGUUCCAGGACCAGAUGGACCUUCAGGAAUGAAAGGCUCUCAGGGCGACCAAGGUCCUCAAGGUCCACAAGGACCUAAAGGCUCACAGGGUGAAUCUGGUAGACCUGGACCGGCAGGACUACAAGGCCUUAGGGGAUUGGCUGGAAGACCAGGAUUGCCAGGAAAAGAUGGACUGGCUGGUGAAAGAGGUCAACCAGGAGCUGAUGGGAAACCAGGUGAACCUGGACCUCAGGGUAUUCAAGGUCUUCCUGGCUUAAUGGGUCUACCUGGAGUUAAAGGAGAUUUGGGUGAACCUGGUCAAGACGGUCAACCAGGACCACCUGGAUCUCCAGGCCCAAGAGGUGAUUCAGGCAAAGAAGGAACCCCUGGUCCUCCAGGUCCUGCAGGACCUCCUGGAGAAAUUGGUGAACGAGGGCCUACAGGCCCCCAAGGAGCUACAGGAUUUCAAGGCCUUCCAGGUGUUGCCGGAAACCCAGGACAACCAGGAAAGGAUGGUGAACCAGGAUUACCUGGUGCUCCUGGCCCAGCUGGCCAACCAGGGGAAAGAGGAGAACGAGGAUUUCCAGGUGAAAGGGGCUUGCAAGGAUCGCAAGGACCUCCAGGAGCUAGAGGAGAGUCCGGUCCUCCUGGGCAAGAUGGACUAAGGGGUCCACCUGGUGAAAAAGGAGCAAAGGGACAUUCCGGGCCAAGUGGUUUACUGGGCUUGCCUGGUUCUCGAGGUGAACCAGGUCCUCGAGGAGCAAAAGGGGACAGAGGUGACCAUGGCCCUGCUGGCCCAGAAGGACCUCAAGGACGACCUGGUGAUCAAGGUCCUCAAGGAUUAGUGGGUCCUGGAGGGCCUCCUGGUGAGGCUGGAGAAAAGGGAGAAACGGGUGCUCCAGGACCGGACGGUCAACCCGGCGCUCCAGGAGUUCAAGGAGAUAGAGGUGCUCCGGGUCCACCAGGUCAACAAGGUUUUCCUGGCCCAGUUGGUCUUCCAGGUGCACCAGGACCGAAAGGUGGAAGAGGACUUCCAGGACCAAAGGGUGAUCAAGGAAAUGUUGGUUCCCCAGGAGCGCCUGGAGAAUCAGGACCUCAAGGACAAGCUGGUCUUCGUGGACCCAAAGGUCCUAGAGGAGAAGAAGGCAAAAAGGGUGAUGCUGGCUUUCCCGGGCCUCCAGGAAGACCAGGAGAACCUGGACAUCCAGGUUCGCCCGGUAAUCCAGGACCCUCUGGACCGCCUGGAAUUCCUGGAAUCAAGGGAGCGCCAGGAGACAGUGGUAAACCAGGUGCACCUGGACCGUCUGGUAAUCCAGGGCAACCAGGUUUUCCAGGACCGAAAGGUGAAGCUGGAUCUGAAGGAGCUCCAGGACUGACUGGUCCACCUGGCCCUUCAGGGCCAGCUGGAGAUCGCGGGCUUCCUGGUAUACCUGGUGUGCAAGGAAGACCAGGUCCCCCCGGACCUCGCGGAUCACCCGGAGAGCGCGGCAUGGAAGGCAAAAGUGGAGCAGAUGGCCCGCCAGGACCUCAAGGUUUACAAGGACCAACUGGACCACCUGGACCACCCGGAGAAGCUGGACCACCAGGUCAUCAAGGAAAAGAAGGACAACCAGGAAUCGCAGGUCGCAUAGGAGACAAAGGACCACCUGGGCCUCCUGGACCUCCAGGUCCACCAGGAGUUCAAGGAAUACAAGGCCCUCCUGGACCAUUGGGAUCUGCUGGACCUACUGGCGAACGAGGUGAACGAGGAGAAACGGGUCCCCGAGGUGUUCCAGGACCUCAAGGUCCAAGAGGUCCACCAGGACCCACAGGUCUCACUGGCAUGAAAGGGGAACGCGGUGACGUUGGAGAGAAAGGAAUGAAAGGACACCGAGGUUUGAUUGGCUUACAAGGAAUACCAGGGUCCCCGGGUGUACCUGGAGAUAAAGGAAUGACUGGACCUCCUGGCCCUCCAGGAAUGGAGGGACCACCAGGUCCUAAAGGUCCACCAGGCAGAGAUGGAAGUCCUGGAAAUCCAGGUUUGAGCGGACCACCAGGGCCUAGAGGACAUUCGGGCGAUGCGGGAAAAGCUGGUCCUGUGGGACCUCCUGGCCCACCUGGACAGCCUGGCCCACCUGGGGAACCAUUUGGAUAUGAUGCCAACACUCUAGCAGCUCUGUUUAGUCAAGGUCAAGUGAAGGGACCAGAUCCACUACUUGGAGAUGAGCCCGAUAAACUGUUCUCUCCUGAUACACCUAUUGAAGAGAAAAAACGACUUGUCUUUGAAUUUUACGAUAAACUUAUCCAAGAAUAUGAAGAGUUCCGAAAACCAACAGGAGAAAAGCAAACUCCAGCUACAACUUGCCGUGACCUUGCUGUUGCUCAUCCUGAAUUAGAGAGUGGCAUGUACUGGGUUGAUCCAAACCAGGGGGAUCCUAAAGAUGCAAUUCAAGUAUUCUGUGAUAUGGAAAAGAGAGCUACCUGCGUAUCUGCUAAGCCCGAACAGGUUCAAAAGAAAAAUCACUUUAACGGGAGAACUCAAGAAAUGUGGUUUAGUUCAAUGGAUGGUGGAUUCACAUUUAGCUACACAGCGGAUCGCAUCCAGAUGAGUUUCCUCCAGCUUCUGAGUAAGGUUGCCGAACAGAAUGUAACAGUACAUUGCAGGAAUGCACUGGUUUAUAAAGACAGUAAACGAAAUGUUCUUAAAAAGGCUGUUAAGUUAAUGGCCUACAAUGAUCUAGAGUUAACUGCCGAUGGAAAUCCGAUGUUUACAUAUUCCGCAAUUCAAGAUAAUUGCAAAUAUCGAGAUAGCAAGUGGGCUCAAACUGUUUUGAAGUAUGAAACAGAUAAACCACAGCGAUUACCAAUUGUAGACAUUGCGUUUAAAGAUAUCGGUUCAAGAAACCAAGAGUUUGGAAUAGACUUGGGACCAGUAUGUUAUUCUUAAUACUGGUGAAGUAUUCAUUUGUGAUAAAAUGCCUACAACAAAGAGAGAAUGAUUAUUAAUAUUAUUCGGGGGAUCACAGUAUCCUAUAACCUGAAGCACUGCCAAUAUUUAUCACGUACAUUUUGUGUAAUAUCAUUCUCAAGCUUAUAUUCAUUUCUCAGUGAUUGUGCAUCCCAGCUCCAAAUUUGAAAACUAAGAAUAUUGUGUUUUACGUAUGUUGUUCAAUUUAGUGUUUUCAAAGACUCAUGUUACAUUUAAACUGAUUUUUGUAAAUUUCUGGACCAAUUCUGUUGUAUACUUGCCACUAUUUUCAAUAAAUUAUAACAUGUUGCUCUUUCAAA